CACCCACCUCUCAGUUUAUUUUCAAAGCUUCGACGAAUUCUUCUUGCCUAGUCUGCCUCUCCCUCUCGUUUUCUUCUUCUUCUUCUUCUACUUCUACGAGGUGAUCGAUCAAUUGCGCAUGGGGAAUCACAAGAAGUUGCUGCAGUUUCUGAGGCCCGCGGACACGGCCGUGGCGGCGGCGAGGUUGUCGGACGAUGACGACGAUGGUGGGGCGCCGUCGUCGGUGCCGCCGUCGCCGAUGAGUACCUGGAGCGGGCGGACGUCGGCGGCGGCGUCGCCCUCGCCGUAUGUCAUGUCGCCGUGGGUGAAUCUUCCUGGGUUUGGUGUUGGUGGUGGUGAUGAGAUGGUCGCCGGCGGCGGCGGGACGGGGUUGCUCGGGUCGCUGGUGAAGGAGGACGGGCAUGUCUACUCGCUAGCCGCGGCGGGGGAGUUGCUGUACACCGGGACGGACUCCAAGAACGUGCGGGUGUGGAGGCAUCGCCGCGAGUUCGCCGGGUUCCGGUCCGGGAGCGGGCUCGUCAAGGCGAUCGUCGUCGCCGGCGACGGGAGGAUCUACACGGGGCACCAGGACGGGAAGGUGCGGGUGUGGCGCGCGUCGGCGGAUGACCCCGCCGUGCACCGCCGCGUCGGCUCGCUGCCGGGGCUCGGGGACGUGCUGCGGAGCGCGGUCCGGCCGUCGCGCUACGUCGAGACGCGGCGCCGGCACAGCGCCCUGUGGCUGCGCCACUUCGACGCCGUGUCGUGCCUCAGCCUCGACGCCGCGGCGGGGCUGCUCUACUCCGGGUCGUGGGACAAGACGUUCAAGGUGUGGCGCGUGUCGGACUCGCGGUGCCUCGAGUCGGUGCGGGCGCACGACGACGCCGUCAACACGGUGGCCGCCGCCGGGUUCGACGCGCUGGUGUUCACCGGCUCGGCGGACGGGGCGGUCAAGGUGUGGCGGCGGGAGCCCGGGAAGGGCGGCGCCACGAGGCACGCCAUGGAGCGGGUGCUGCGGAAGGGCGAGAGCGCGGUCACCGCCAUCGCCGUGGCCGCGGAGGCGCGCGUCGUGUACGUCGGCUCCUCGGACGGCGCCGUCACGCACUGGCAGUGGCGGCGCGGCGGCGCCGGUGUCGCCGGGCCACCGAGGAACGGCGGGGCGCUGCGCGGGCACAGGAUGGCCGUGCUCUGCCUCGCCGUCGCCGGGCGUGUCGUCGUCAGCGGCUCCGCCGACCGGACGAUCUCCGUGUGGCGGCGCGAGGAGGGCGCCGACCACGCCCGCCUCGCCGUGCUCGCCGGCCACACGGGCCCCGUCAAGUGCGUCGCCAUGGACGAGGAGGACGACACCGCCGGCGACAAGCGGUGGGUGGUCUACAGCGGCAGCCUGGACGGCUCCGUCAAGGUGUGGCGCGUCUCGAGCACCCCCGACGCGGCGGCGGCGCGGACGCCGGCGCACGGGUGGAAGGCGACGCCGUCGCCGCUGGGCGCGUGGACGCCGUACGCCGCGACGCCGGCGCGGAAGCGCAUGGCCGCGGCGUGAGCGGAGAAUGCGCGGAGCACACACGUGGCCCAAUGAGAGAGCAGCAGCAGCAGUAGGGCAACAUGUACAUGAGUAGUACGUAGAGUGUAGAGCUAUACACCGUAUGUUUAUACGGUGCGGCGUAUUUUUCGAUUUGUUUUAAUUUGGAAAGGCCGCAAAAAUGGACGGCCCGAUGUGGACUUGUCGUUUGUGUGCUGGUGAUUUGGUCGGUGAUCUCAGCGGCCUGUGGGCCCAGAGGAUGGUGAGAGAUUUGGACAUUUCCAACUAAGCAGGGAAAGGUUUUUUUAGUUGAGAAGAAAGAUGGGGAUGUUUUUCAAUUUUUCUUUUGUGUUCUUUCUUUGGUUUGGCGAUUUGUUUUGCAAGAAAAGUUGUAUAAAAGAUUUUUCUUGUGAGAGAAGGAAAGAAGAUGUUGGCUGCUUUUCUUAUCUAGGAGUACAAAUUAUAGCAUCCAUGACUAUUUAAAUUGUAUUUCACCACAUUUUACA